GGCGGCUGGGCGGAGCGACGACGCGGGGACGACAAGCGCAGAGAGAUAAACCCCGCCGUGAGGAAAAAUAGCGAAAACCGUUGUCUUGCUUUCACCGUGUUCUGUUUAAAUAUCACCAUUUCAUCAAAGAGAGGGAGGCCAGCCCAGGAUGAACGGCGAGUCAGGUGCCGGGGUGGUGACAGCCCCCCCUCCCACCACAGCCCCCCACAAGGAGCGAUAUUUUGACCGGGUAGAUGAGAGCAGUCCAGAGUACCAGAGGGAGAGGAACAUGGCACCGGACCUGCGACAGGACUUCAACAUGAUGGAGCAGAGGAAAAGAGUCUCCAUGAUCCUACAGAGCCCUGCCUUUUGCGAGGAGCUAGAGACGAUGAUCCAGGAUCAGCUGAAGAAGGGAAAGACGCCCACAAGCCUAUUGGCUCUACAGCAGAUCGCAGAUUUCAUGACCACCAGUAUGCCUUCCAUGUACCCUGCAGCACCACAAGGAGGCAUGGCGGCACUCAAUAUGAGUUUGGGAAUGGUGACUCCAGUCAAUGAUCUGCGUGGCUCUGACUCAAUCUCCUACGACAAGGGCGAGAAGCUGCUGCGCUGCAAGUUGGCUGCCUUUUAUCGGCUGGCUGACUUGUUUGGCUGGUCUGAGCUCAUCUACAACCACCUCACAGUCAGAGUGAAUUCAGACCAGGAGCGCUUCCUUAUUGUUCCCUUUGGGCUCCUUUACAGUGAAGUCACUGCCUCCAGUUUGGUGAAGAUUAAUCUCCAAGGUGAAAUGGUAGACCGUGGCAGCACCAACCUUGGAGUCAACCAGGCCGGUUUCACUCUCCACUCUGCCAUCUAUGCUGCACGUCCUGAUGUCAAGUGUAUCGUACAUAUACAUACACCUGCAGGGGCAGCGGUGUCGGCCAUGAAAUGCGGACUGUUACCCAUCUCUCCUGAGGCCCUAUCCCUGGGUGAGGUGGCCUACCAUGACUACUACGGCAUCCUCGUGGAUGAGGAAGAAAGUACUCUUAUACAGAGAAACCUUGGCCCUAAAAGCAAGGUGUUGAUCCUUAGGAACCAUGGCUUGGUGUCAGUAGGUGAAACAGUGGAGGAGGCUUUCUAUUACAUCCACAAUCUGGUCACUGCCUGUGAGAUCCAGGUACGAACACUGGCCAGCGCUGGAGGGCCAGAUAAUCUGGUGAUGCUGGACCCUGGGAAAUACAAGUCACGCCCACAGGUCCCUGAGCCAGCUGGUGACGGGUCCUCAACCCAUCCCAAGUGGCAAGUCGGGGAGCAGGAGUUUGAAGCCCUCAUGAGAAUGCUCGACAACUUGGGCUACAGAACGGGCUAUCCUUACCGCUGCCCAGCCUUGCGAGACAAAGGUAAAAAGUACAGUGAUGGGGAGAUGGCCUCCUCCGCCCACGGUGGUUACUCAUAUGGGGAGGACAGUGACUCAGGUGCUCGCUCCCCAUUGAAACACAGCUUCCAGCGCGGCCAGCGCGACAAGACCCGCUGGCUAAAUGCCAGCGGCCGCCCCGAUGAGCCCUCUGAGGACGGGGCCGACGGCAGCAGCCCCAAGUCGAAGCCUAAGGUGUGGACGAACAUAACACAUGAUCACGUCAAACCCUUGCUGCAGUCUCUCUCGUCCGGUGUCUGCGUGCCAAGCUGUAUAACCAACUGCUUGUGGACAAAGGAAGAUGGGCUCCGCCAGGCUGCUGCAGUCAAUCAGUUCAUCCCACUGAACACCAACCCAAAGGAAGUCCUGGAAAUGAGGAAUAAGAUCCGGGAGCAGAACCUGCAGGACAUAAAGACAGCAGGGCCCCAGUCUCAGGUUCUGUGUGCCAGCACUGUGGUCGAACGCUCCUUUAACCAGAGAGUGUCAAUCUGGCAGGACGCCCCUCUGUCUGACUGUACAGACACUAUUGAUGGCCUUGAUGUGUCCGAGGGCUCCUAUAGUCCUGCUAAAUCUAUUAGAAAGGGUGAACUGGUGACUGCAUCCAAGGCAAUCAUCGAAAAGGAGUAUCAGCCCAAGGUAAUCGUCAGCAAGCAGGGGCCCAACCCCUUCACCAAACUCACCGACCAGGAGCUGGAGGAGUACCGCAGGGAGGUGGAGCUUAAACAGAAAGGAGGUGAAGUGCAGGGUCGAUCCAUGAGUAGGGGGGGAUCAGCCUCUGCUGUACCCAGCCCGGCGCCUCAAACGGCACAGAUGGGUCGAGCCUCACCACCUCCACCGUCUGCAGCUGACUCCUCCAGCUUAGAGAAAGCCCAGCCUACAGCUGCCACACCAGCCUCUGAGCACGGCUCCUCUUCUGUCGGCGGAGCUGAGCCAUCUCAGAGCGGAGCAGACUCUGCAGGAACAGUGGCAGACGAUGUUUUUUCGACUGCAGACGAGGUUUUUUCAGCCCCAGAUUCUCCACAUAAGGACUUCCACUGUGCUGUGCUGCGAGCCCUCAGCAAGGAGCCCUCGGUGGUAGAUGCAGCUAAGGCAGAUCCAGGGCAGCUUGUAGAGUCUGAGAACGAGCCCAAAGACCCCAAACCCACAUCCACACCACCCAGCACCCCAAUCAGAGCAGAGGAAGAGUCCUUGCCAGAACAAACCUUUAAGGAUGAGAGUGAUGCAGCCACCCUGAGACAGACCCUUCCAGAUUUAACACCCGAUGACCCUUCAGAUGCUCCAGCGCUUCCUGCCGAAGACUCCACCCCCGCCACUGCCGACACAGCCGAGGGGGAGGAAGCCGUUGACGCCGGCGACCAGGAGGGUGACGAGUCUCCCAGCAAGUCCCCCUCCAAAAAGAAAAAGAAGUUUCGCACUCCUUCCUUCCUAAAGAAAAACAAAAAAAAGUCUGAGUCCUAGAUUGAAGAAUGUUGGAUCGGUCCUCACUGCUGGCUCCUGUCUCUUUUUUUCUUUCUUCUUUUUUUUGUCUCUGCUUUUUGUCUGAUAUCAUUACACCGUCAAGUUUCAGGCAGGCCACAGUUACACGCCAUUACUUUUCUAAAAAAUAUAUAAUUUGCCGCUGGCUUAUUAACCUAUUUUCCCUUGUGUGUGCCAAUUUUGUAUACAAUGUAAAAAAUGAAAUGCAUAAGGUUUUUAAUUAGUAGCGGCUUUUAGUUGCGAGUGAGUGUUGCAUUUUGUCUCGUCCACUCCAUCUGGCCUUUUAUGCAUGUCUCUUACUACAGGCCCACAUACGUAAUGUGAGGUUGUUUUUUUGUUUUUUUAGAUUACUACUAAACCACUGUAACCACUAGAAUGUAUUGGGAUUGUAUCGAAAUAUAUAAGUGUCUUUCAGCAAAAGCAAAACAAGAAAACAUUGAAUGCAGACAGAGAAGCUCAUACCCUCUCAUUUGACUGGUUUGAAACUCUGACAGCGGGAACUACAAAUUGCACAGCACUAAUUGCAUCCCUGAAGCUGUGCGUCCAUGUAAUUGCAUGUUGGCAGAGGAAGAGAGCGACACUUCAGUAGAGGAUGUGCUCGUGAAAAAAAAUUGUCCAUAUUUCUUUUUUUUAUUAUUUAAACCAAUCAGUGCAUUCGAUAUUAAACACACCUGGAUGUUGGUUUUGCUUCUGUUUUUAAACACUCUAAAUACCCACCUGGUUAGGUAGUUGUAAAGUGCUUUCUCUCAAUUUUGAUUUCUACUGAUUUGUAUUUUUAUUUUUUUUUUUUUCAAGUGGAAUUUUAUUCUAAUAUUUCACAGACAAGCACCAUUAAAAUAUCCAUCUGAGGUGCUUGCAAAUCUGCAGAUGGUGUUUUUUCUGAAGCUUUAGUGUGAGUAUAGUUCACAGCGGUGUGUGAGUCAGGAAAUGUGGGCAGGCAUUGCGCUUAAUGAUUAUUCUAAGGGUUGAUGUAAUGUAUUUGCUACUGGCAUAAGUAUGAAGGAAUGUGUAAAAAUAAAUCUCAGUUUGUGGUUUCCAUAUUUUUUUCUUCCUAAGCUUGGCUUUAAUUUUUAGUUAUUAUUAUGAUUAUUUUUUUUUGCUUUUUGCUUUUUGCAUUUACCUCUGUAUAAAGUCUCAAUACUACAUAAUGUGCAAAAUUCCAAACUUUAUUCUGCAUAAACUGUCUUAUUUCACUCCCAGAAUAGAUUGAGCCAUGAUUACUUCCUGUGAGCACACUGUGAGCCUCCCUUUUUUUUCUUUUUCUCUUUCCUUUUUUUAAUGAACUCAGACAACACUUUGAAAUAGUCGGUCAUAGAUGCAGUUGUUACAGAACUUAUGAAUGGCUUUUAUGAAGCCUGUCUGGACCUCUUCGUGUAAAACGUCACGCUGCUCAAACCUACUUUGUCCCUGAAUACCUUCACCUGUUUCCAGUUGCACAAAACAAAAAGUUCACUGGAGACGCGCUUCCGUUCUUGUCAACCUGAUGUAAUCUGAAGAUUGGAAGUGAGUUGCGCUUGAGGUUGCAGGGCAUUAAUAUCAAGGCCUAUUCCAUGCUUUGCUCGACUUGUUUCUCCAUCUUGUUUUAACCCACGAGGAGCCAAAAGGCAUCACAGGUGCUUUACUUACACUGCUGAACGUAUAAGCUGAGAACUCCUGAAGGACUGCAUGACAAGAGUGCAUCACUAUAACUACCCCCUUUAGAUAUGGCACACUAAUUUUAGUGUCCGAUAGCAACAAAGCCCCCUGUAGUCCUUUGAGUGUACCAUAUUCUUUUGUUUUUUGUUUUUUUGUUUUUUAUAAAUUGCUUAAUUUUGCUGAUUUGUAUCCUCAGUCUGAACUGCUUAUAGUUUAAAUAUCUCAUCAUCAUAACAUCCACACACUUAACACUUCACUGCUUAUUUGUCAUGGUUAUUUGCCUCCUUUCUACAACCAUGAAUAAAAACACUACCAUUAAAAUCA